CGCGGUCCGGGACGCUUGCGAGGCCGGCGCUCCGGAGAGGCGGCGUGCGAGCCCCGUGGUCGCCGUGUUGCACCCGGCCGACUCGUGGGCGUGGGACGUGGGUGGAAAACGGGCCUCCCCCUCGCUCCCGCGGGGCUCCGAGCCGCCGUCCCGCGAGCGUGCCGAGCCGCUGUCCCGCCGUCGCGUUGGCGUCCCAGCCCGGAGCCCCGGCGCCCCUUGCGAGCUCUCUCUUUUCCCCUGUUCUGCAGGUUCGCGGGCGGCGUCGUCAUGGCUCAGCGGGCCUUCCCGAACCCUUACGCCGACUAUAACAAGUCCCUGGCCGAGUGCUACUUUGAUUCCACGGGGAGGCUGACUCCUGAGUUCUCACAGCGCUUAACCAAUAAGAUUCGCGAGCUCCUUCAGCAAAUGGAAAGAGGCCUAAAGUCAGCAGAUCCUCGGGAUGGCACUGGGUACACCGGCUGGACAGGCAUUGCUGUGCUCUACUUACACCUCUAUGAUGUGUUUGGGGACCCUGCCUACCUGCAGAUGGCCCAUGGCUAUGUAAAGCAAAGUCUCAACUGUUUGAGCAGGCGCUCCAUCACCUUCCUGUGCGGCGAUGCAGGUCCCCUGGCUGUGGCUGCUGUGCUGUAUCACAAGAUGAACAGUGAGAAGCAGGCAGAGGAUUGCAUCACACGGCUCAUUCACCUAAAUAAGAUUGAUCCCCAUGCACCAAAUGAAAUGCUCUAUGGCCGCAUAGGCUACAUCUUUGCUCUGCUUUUUGUCAAUAAGAACUUUGGAGAGGAGAAGAUUCCUCAAAGCCAUAUUCAGCAGAUUGGUGAAGCAAUCUUAAAUUCUGGGGAGAACCUAGCUAGAAAGAGAAAGUUCACAGCAAAGUCUCCACUGAUGUAUGAGUGGUACCAGGAAUAUUACGUGGGAGCUGCUCAUGGCCUGGCGGGAAUCUAUUACUACCUAAUGCAGCCUAGCCUUCAGGUGAGCCAAGCAAAGUUACAUGGUUUGGUGAAGCCCAGUGUCGACUUUGUCUGCCAGCUGAAGUUCCCUUCUGGCAAUUUCCCUCCGUGUUUGGAUGACACCAGAGACCUGCUUGUCCACUGGUGCCAUGGUGCCCCUGGUGUCAUCUACAUGCUCAUCCAGGCCUACAAGGUGUUCAAAGAGGAACAGUACCUCUCUGCUGCCUACCAGUGUGCUGACGUGGUCUGGCAGUAUGGACUGCUGAAGAAGGGCUAUGGGCUGUGCCAUGGUGCUGCAGGGAAUGCCUAUGCCUUCCUGGCGCUCUACAACCUCACACAAGAUGUAAAGUACCUGUACAGGGCCUGUAAGUUUGCUGAGUGGUGCUUGGAUUAUGGAGAGCAUGGAUGCAGGACACCGGACACCCCCUACUCCCUCUUUGAAGGGAUGGCUGGAACAAUAUAUUUCUUGACUGACCUGUUAGUCCCCACAAAGGCCAAGUUCCCUGCAUUUGAACUCUGAAAGGAAAGCACGUCCCCGGCAGCAUGACCCUCUCUGUAUAUUCCAGCCUAGGCUAAGUGCUUCCGCUGCUUUGGAAGGCGCAGAAUGAAACUGUGUACUUGAUGUUGUUGGGUUUUUAUUUCCAUCCUUUGUCUUCAGCAGUUCAGCACCUUCCUUUUAUUAUUUACUUUUAUUUCAAAGUGUAAGUGAAAGCCAUCUUAAUUUUCUUCCAAAGGGAAGGAUAAUUGACAGGAAUAGUAUUUACAGACUUAAGAGGAAAUCUUCCUCUUAUUUAAUUUUAUGACUGUAAUAAUGUGUUAGUGCUCUUUAAAAUGUUUUCUAAAAAUUCAAUAAGCCAUGACUGGUAGCAUGCUAGCCUGUCUGCUAAGAAGAUGGAGGCAGGAAGAUCACAAGUUCAAGGCCAACCUGAACAACUUAGUGAUACCCCAUUUCAGAAUAAAGAGGUGAGAGAGAUCUGGGGAAUAGCUGAGUAGUAGAACACUUUUCUAGCAUACAGGAGGCCCUAGGUUCUGUCCCCAGCACUCAGGUGUGAACACACACACACACACACACACACACACACACACACACACACACACACACACGUCAGCACAGGUGGACAGAUUGUAUGUAAAUGGCCAUCGUUGAAUAUUGCCUUCCAUCUCUUCUGUUGAAUAUUUUUCCUCCAACAGAGAGUAGUUUUAUGACUUGGUUUUCUCCAAGUGGUUGAUUAUUAAAGGGGACAAAAAUAUAACCCAUGCUUCUGGAAGAAAAACUGUAAGAAUUACAGACUAGACGUGGGACCUAAAAGUCAUUUUUUAAAUUUCUGGUCCCUGUCUGAACUAGAAAUACCAUUGUCAGUGAGCCACAUGAGCACUGUAUUCCAGCAAUGUUAUCAAAACUUAAAAAUGGUUGUGAUGCACAUUCUGAUCUGAAAGUUAAUUCACCAACAACAGUUCCUUGUUUUCCGAUGUAUUUUGGAAAUGUUUAGUUGAAAAAUGUUUGGCCUUAAAUGUUCCUGUGAGAUCUGGAAGUAGAUUUUGUGUGUAAAUUUGCUGAGACAGUCUUCCAGCCUGAGCUUUGAAAGUCUGGGUUAGGUUUUCCUUGCUUUUCUGGCUGUGCUUAAUGCCACAGUCGCCCCUCCCUGUGAGAUGAUCUGAACAUUGAUCUUCUCACCAGAUAGGACAGAGUCUGCUUAGGCUUACAAAGCGGGUGGGGAGGGAGAUGCUGUAACCAAUAGCUUCUAAGAGAACAGAGCUUUUGACAAGAACUCUUGUUCUUCGGAGGCAUCUGAUAUUAUGGCCUCCAUGCUGGUAACAGCUCAGUCUUUACAUAUCCCAAGUGCAGCCCCGUCCGAGUCUGAGAGCAUGGAGUCGGGUUGCUUUAUUGAGUCAGGACUCCUUAGUGCUUCUAACUCUGACCAGAUGCUUUUUGACUUCUUCGCCCCCUCUUCCUCCUCAUAUCACAGGCCUACGCAGGCCCUUUGUAACCGACUGGGAACAUUUGCCAGCUUUAAUGCUACAGGGUCAGAGAAUAGUUAAUGGCUCUUUUGUGGCUCUCGUGGUCAUGCUAUUUUUAUUGGAAAUCGAGUCCCCAUGGAGUCUGUGCUGGUUGCUGUGAGGAAUAAUCCCGUUAUUUUCUGAUUGGCACCAAAAUAGCUAAUACUAUGUGUAAUUUUCUGGCCCUUUAAAGGCUACCUACAGUAGGAUCCAAAGAACAGCUCAAUGCUCAGUUCCUGGGGUUGGAUUGCUCCUUCUGUGGCCCCUGUACCUCAGGGACGUGUUUGACUUCACCCUCUCAAGUGCUGCUGGAUGCUGUGUGCAGACUGCCUGGUGAAGGCUGCAUCGAUGGCGUCGGUAUUUGUAAGUGAGAAUCAUAGACAGCAGAGGGCAUCUGUUUGGCGGGCUGUCCAGCUUCAGAAAAGAAGCCCACUUGGUUUAGUUAAGUGACCUACUGUAUUCUGCCUGUACUAUCAGCUACUGUCCUCACUUAUUAAAAGAAAAGAACCAGUAUUUUGGUCCAUCGAGAGUGUUGGUCACAGUACUUCCCCAGGCAUCCUGACUAAUGUAGCCCCAGAAAGAGUUUCGACCUUCGCCCUUGUGGGUGUCUGAGCUGCCUUCUGCAUGUUACCAUCCAUGAACAGAUCCAUCGACACAAACGGUUCCGCUUCCAUCUCCGCUGUAGCUUUUGAACUUACUACACUGACAGACUCUGUGCCCCUUGUAGACAUGGAGUUUUCUAGGCUUUUUAAACUCAGGUACAGUCCGAAGCUCACGCCCACACCUCUCCAGCACUGUGCGGAAGCAGCGCUGUUGCUUUUGUUCCUCAGAUGGUCUUCUUGGUUUAAAAACCUUCCAGAGGUUUCCGGGGAACUCAGUGGCAUCGCUAAUCUCCAUACGGAGACUGGACGGUAAAAUGUACAGAGCCUGGCAAGCAGUGUAUUUAUCACAUUGUACAUUUCCGCCCUUAACCGUCCAUCAUGUAAAAUGUCAACAUUACCAUGACCAGCUCCAUAGUUCCCACCAGACGUUCAUUUCCUCCCAUCUGUCAGUCUUUGGUCCUUAGAGUCAUCUGGUUCCCUUUUCUUCACUCAUGUCUCAUCCAUUUGUAGCUAGAGUUAGCUAAAGGGGGACCUGAGGGUACUUCUUUCCUCCUUAUUCCCAUUUCCCUGAGUAAUUGAACUGCAGCACUCUGCUCCUAUGUCCUCAGGGCAGUUUAUAUCUGGUUUUUUACGGUGCCCUUGCCAUCCACCACCUAAUUCUGAAAUAAACAAUGUGAGCAGGAACAUUUAUUUAUAUACUUCUUAGGCUCCUAGAAAUAGGUGUGGUCCCUACUUAAUCUUUCUAAAUUCCAAUUCCUUGUCUGCUUCCCUGAAACAUGUGAGAGCGUGUUUCUGAGUUCUCUGUACCACUGGGCUGUAGGAGAACACUUUACAUCCUGUCAACUGGAAUCAGUCUUGGGGACAUUCAGGGAUCAGCCCAAGGUUCCAUUGCCACUUACUGGGAAGGGCUGGGAUCAUAUCUGUAUCGACUGACUAGCCUUCAAUAAAAUGUUACUAUUGCC